AUGUCGGAGGAAGUAACUGAUCAGGAUAGCAAUAUCUCCACAACUUCUGACCAUAAAAGUACUGAGGAGAUGUCUGAGCUUCCUUCUUGUUCCACCACUGACCACCGAAAACUAAAAGCCAUUGCCAAAUCUGGAGGCCAGCACCUCACAACGUCCUCUAAUGUCCCGCACAGCGAUGCACAAGAAUCCCAAAUACGCAGCACCGUUGACUGGAGUGAGUCGGCUUUGUACGGUGACCACCUCUGGUUCGAAACCAAUGUGUCCGGAGAUUUUUGUUACGUGGGAGAGCAGAACUGCACAGCUAAGAUACAGCAAAAGUCGGCAUCGCGGCGGAAGUGUGCUGCAUGUAAAAUCGUAGUUCAUACUCCCUGCAUUGAGCAGCUAGAAAAGAUAAAUUUCCGAUGCAAGCCAUCAUUUCGGGAGUCCGGGUCCCGCAACAUACGGGAGCCUGUAAUUGUUCGGCAUCACUGGGUUCAUCGGAGACGGCAGGCAGGGAAGUGUCGGCAGUGUGGGAAGGGAUUUCAACAGAAGUUUGCCUUUCACAGCAAAGAGAUUGUUGCAAUCAGCUGCUCGUGGUGCAAAUUGGCGUACCACAACAAGGUCUCAUGCUUCAUGCUGCACCACAUAGAAGAGCCGUGUUCCUUAGGCGCUCAUGCUGCUGUCAUGGUCCCACCCACCUGGAUCGUCAGAGUGCGCCGACCGCAGAGUUCAAUCAAGUCCAGCAAGAAGAAAAAGAGACCCUCAUUCAAGAGAAAAACCUAGCAAGAAAGGUGCAGAGGAGCCGAGGAUACGACCGUUCAUCAUCAGACCUGCUCCAUGCCCGCUUAUGAAGCCUGUACUCGUGUUUGUGAACCCUAGGAGUGGAGGAAAUCAGGGCAUAAAGAUCCUUCAGUCCUUUAUGUGGUAUCUGAAUCCACGACAAGUGUUUGAUCUUAGCCAAGGUGGCCCAAGAGAAGCGCUGGAGAUGUAUCGGAAGGUUCCAUCGUUGCGUAUCCUGGCUUGCGGGGGUGAUGGCACUGUGGGAUGGAUCCUUUCUGUACUAGAUCAGCUUCAUCUUUUCCCUUCUCCUCCUGUCGCUAUACUGCCCCUAGGAACAGGAAAUGACCUCGCCAGAACUCUAAACUGGGGUGGGGGUUAUACUGAUGAGCCACUUUCUAAGAUCCUAAGCCACAUAGAGGAGGGAACUGUAGUCCAGCUGGACCGGUGGAACCUGGAAGUGGAGAGAAACCAUGAGGCCAGUGAUGAGGAUUGGGGAGAAGGAGCAACCGCUAAACUGCCUCUGGAUGUGUUCAAUAAUUAUUUCAGCCUGGGAUUUGAUGCUCGAGUCACACUGGAAUUCCACGAGUCCCGAGAGGCAAACCCAGAAAAGUUCAACAGUCGUUUUCGCAAUAAGAUGUUCUAUGCUGGGACUGCGUUCUCCGACUUCCUAACUGGCAGCUCCAGAGAUUUGGCCAAACACAUCAGAGUGGUGUGUGACGGCCAGGACCUGACUGCUAAAAUUCAGGAGCUCAAGUUACAAUGCUUAGUGUUUCUAAACAUCCCUCGGUAUUGUGCAGGCACCAUGCCAUGGGGGAAUCCUGGGGAGCACCAUGACUUCGAACCUCAGAGACACGAUGAUGGAUGUAUUGAAGUGAUCGGCUUCACUAUGGCAUCACUGGCAGCUCUGCAGGUUGGGGGUCACGGUGAGCGCUUGCACCAAUGUCGUGAGGUUCUUCUGCGGACGUAUAAGUCUAUUCCCAUGCAGGUGGACGGUGAACCGUGCAAACUGGGACCCUCUGUAGUGAAGAUUAGUCUUCGGAAUCAGGCCAACCUUAUCCAGAAGACGAAGAGGAGGACAUCGGUUCCUCUGCUCAAUGAUCAGCAGCCGGUCCCUGACAGAUUGCGCCUUCGAGUUAACCGCAUCUCCAUGCAUGACUAUGAGGCUUUGCACUAUGACAAGGAGAAGCUGAAGGAAGCCUCUCUCCCACUGGGAGUUAUUGUGGUUCCUGGAGACAGCGAUCUUGAGACGUGUCGGAUCCACAUACAGCAGCUGCAGGAGUUAACUCCUGGUUCCUUCCAGCGGCUGCUCUCUUCUUUUCAGGACUUUCCUGCGUACCCCACAAUAUUACAGCGUCUCGACCUAAAGGAGGAUGGAACAAGCAAACCUCAAAUUGUGUCAUCGCAAAAGCUGUCCCCAAAAUGGUGCUUCUUGGAUUCCACCACUGCAGACAGGUUCUAUAGGAUUGAUCGAGCACAGGAGCACCUGAAUUUUGUACUGGAAAUCUGCCAGGAUGAGUUGUAUGUUCUGGACCCAGAGCUGAUCAUUACCCAGUCUGUAGGCACUUCCCCAGCAAUGCCCAACUCUAGAGACCAGCCUACCAAUACCAACCCACACUUCCAGUUCCCAAUGCUCCCACCAGUAUCUCCUCCCGACUCCCCUGCACAGACGGAGCCUCACAAUGGAUCUCCACAUGUUGGCAAGAUGUGUACAAACAGUUCUGUGACCAAGUCAGGAGGCACAUGCGAGCACAGGACAGAAAAUGACAUCUCAGACUACCAGCCAGAUGAAGGUUUACUGGAAGCUGCAAAAGGUGAUGAUAUUGAAAAGUUUCGGGAGGCUCAUCGUGCUGGGGGGAACUUGGCUCAGCGGGACAUUGAUGGCUGCACACUAUUACAUCACGCUGUGAAUGCUGGAAGUAAGGAGAUCGUCAAGCACCUUAUUGAGCACGCUCCAUCUGAAAUUCUGGAUGUUACAGAGCUCAAGAACGGCGAGACAGGUUUGCACCUUGCGGCAUCCUUACGUCAGCGGACCAUCUGUCAUUAUAUAGUGGAGGCCGGAGCAUCGCUCAUGAAGACAGACUUACAGGGGGACACCCCAAAAAAUCGAGCUGAGAAGGCGAAGGACCCUGAACUUGCUGCCUACCUGGAGAACAGACAGCACUACCAAAUGAUUCAGAGGGAAGACCAGGAAACGGCAGUGUGA